AUGGUAUACCAACUCAACCGACGAACAGAUGGACUUAGUAUUAAGAAGUCAACUAGUUCAGGUCAUAGAUAUCUUGAUCCUAAUUCCAAGAAUUUACCCGUAAAAAUAAGAAACUUGGUCAAUCAAAUACCAUGGGGAACAAUUUUAUUUGAUAACAUUG